UGCGUUGAGCAUUCAGCGUUGUCUUGUCGCUAUCGGGACUUGGAAGGUGCAUCGACGUGCCUCGAGUCGACAACGGAAUCGCACUUAAUUUUUAUUCCGAUCUGGCUGCGUAACUUUAAGAAUCGCGUCCAUUUCAGAUUUUUUAAGGUUUAUUAUUGCCGAUGCGUAGAUAGUGCGUGUACCUGUAUCUUUUUUAUCAUCACUAUGCCGAGGAAACGCAAGUUAAACGACAUGAGCAAUCGCUGCCGCAUUUGCUUGGCCAGCGAUGCCUGCACUAGUCAACUUUUCGUCGACUGGCUCCAGCCUAAAAUCCAAAAUCUUGAGAAAUGUUCCUCCAUUGAGAUACUGGAUAAACCCAAUUAUCCAAAGAAGGUUUGCUACAUAUGUCUGUACAAAUUGGAUAUGUGGAAUGAAUUUAAGUCACAAUUUAUGAAGACUAAUCAAACUUUGAUGAAUCAUUUUAAGUUUGUUGAUACACAGACAACCGAAGCUGACAAAAUUAUUGACGUAGAAAGUGCUAUAGAUGAUAUAUUUUCAGGAAUAGAUGGGAAACGUCCAAGGGUGGUUGUGGAAGAACUUAAAAGUGUAGGCUUUUCUAUGGACAAUGAUGAACCAAUGAAGUCACCUCUUUCCCCAACAAAAACAUCUAUUUUAAAAAAUGUGGAUUCAAAUGUUGAAGCAGUGAUUAUUAAUGAGACUGAGAAGAAAGUAAUUACAGUUAAUAAGAGUCACACUUCAGAUUCCUCCAGUUCACCAGUGCGUAAAAUAUCUCGUGCUAAGAAAGUUGAACGAGAGGCAUUAACUAAACGUUGGGAAGAACGUAAAAAUGCUCUUUUAGCUGCAACAGGAGAAAUUCCUUCAGAAAGUGACUCUGACAAUGGUACACAACUAUCUCCAGUACAAAAAGCUAGAGCUAAGUUCAACAGUAGUAGUGAGAAAGAUGAACAAAAAAGUAAAAAGAUUCAAAGGGCUUUAAAAAAUUUGGAAACAAACAUGACGGAAAAAUACACGGUUAGCUUAGAAAAUGCCAUUGCUGAAGACGAGAGAAAAACUCGAUCUAGACGAGGAAACGCUGAAAAUCAGGUUAAAGAGGCGAUACCGACAAAAACUUCCAAAACUUUAAAGAUUGAAUUACCCAAAACUGAUAUUCAAAAGGAAAUGACAACACCAGAGAAAAUAUCGGAAUCUAAUGCUGAUUUAUCUUUGAAAGUAAAGAGUAAAGAGAUAGCAAAAGAAGAAGAGCCAAUAGAAAAUAUUGCCAUCGUCACUAAAAAGCCUCCUGAAGCUUCUGUAGUAAACCAGCCAGAACAAUUCAGAGAAGAGAAUGAAAUAGAAAUUAUCGACGUUGAUGACACAAGCAGCGUAACUCCGGUCCUACCUUUAAGAGAGCCUGCUUUUACUCCUCAACUUGUUACGUCGGAAAUUCAAUUAGGAAAUGCGACGUAUGUUGUGAGGACAACGCUUGGUUUACCAAAUACUCUGUCGUCAAAGAACGAUAUUUCUUUGAAGACAAAUGGAAUCAAUAUUGAUGCUAUUAAUCAAGAAAGUGGCAAAAUUGAUCUUUUAAAUUCUAUCCGUUUGCAAGAUAUUGGAACAGAAAGCAACUCAGAUAGUAAAGAAAAUGGGUUAGUAUCGAACAUCGAAAAAUGUCUUAAUAUUGAAAUUGAAGGUGUGGAAGUGGAAGCUCUUCAACGAGUUCAAUUAGAACUCGCCAAAUUUAUUAAUGAGGAUAUUCAAAAGCGACUUCUUGAAGAAUCUACAGCGCAGAACGAAACAGAUCCUAAUAGUCUCAAUUUUAAAGAUAGUUAUGAGUCAUUAGAAUAUCAACUGAAAAACAUUGUUGAAAAAGUUCUACGUAAAAAUUACGAGAUGGAAAAAAAGGACACUAUGGCACCACAUAAAAGUAGUAAAACAAUUUCACCAGAAUUCGCCAAAGAAGCAGAGAAGUCGCCUGUUUUUCAACCGAAAGUUGCGAUUACUAAAUUCAAUCUGGGCAAGUUAUGUAAGAUCUAUCACAUAAACAAUCUUCACAUUCUGGAGGAAGUCAAAAGACAAAGCGGAGUAGUGGGCCCACUUAGUAAAACCCUAGGAAAGCGAAAUCAACGGACGCUCAAGUUACCAAAGAGGUACGACGACUUUGAUAUAACUCUGCCGGCAGGCUCCGAAGCUGUGAGAACAGCUACACCGACCCCUAAACCUCCUAUGACCAAACGUGCGGACAGCCCAAUUACAGUUGUGCCAGAAGUUGUUCAGAAUGAUAUUAUUGAUGAGUCAAUAAUUGGAGAUACUUCGGAGCCUGUAAUUGAGCCAAUACGAGAAGAGCCAGUGACUCAAAUUGAGAUAAUAGAGAAUAAUGUACCCACAUCAUCCUCCAUCGAAAAUGAAUCACUGGUUCAAGAAGUUAAAGUAGACGAAAAGAAAAAAGAAGCAGAAAAGAAGACAGUAGUCAAAAAGCCUAUUGAAAAGAAACCUGUAAAAGAAACUAUAAUGCCUGCGAGUAAAGCAAUAACAUCACUACAGCCAGUAUUGACCAUGAUAAAGAACGCUCAACCGCAUGUCGAAACAAUUCUUCUUGUUCCUACAAGCCCACCAGUGAAUGCACAGGUUAAACCGAUCGAUCCAAAAAUGAAGCCGUUACCAUCUUUGGCAAGUAGAUCGUCGCUUGGAAAUGUCAAUAAUAAAUCAAGUCUUAAACAAAUGCUUCCUACACCAUUGCCAGUAAAAUCUACACCCAAGCCAUUAACACCUAAUAGCACUCCAUCCAAGGCGAUAGUGAAACGCCAGCGGCACAUAUGUGGAAUUUGCGGCAAGGAAUUGUUCUCGAAGGAGGAAGCUGAGGCACACGUUAAAAGCCACAAAACUGAUUCUUUGGCAUUGAGCUCGAAGCCAUUAAAGCAAAUUUUACCUAAGGCCAGUAGUGGACUAAAACCUACGAUAGUAACAACGACAACAGUAACAUCUCCAGCUGUAGAGUCUCAAUCUCAGUCAAAGACUAAACCUAAGCCAAAAUUGAUGAGGUGUAAGAGGUGUCAAGCCAUUGUCGAAGCAAAAGAGGUCAGAUCGCACGUCUGCAAUUCCGUCAAAUUCAAUUGCACUUUGUGCGAAUGCAGCUUUGGCGCGGAACAUCUAUUGCUCGAGCACAUUGAAACGCAUGCUAGAAAUAAUAAGAUUGUCAAGAAGACGGAUGUUAAACCGACUCAGAAAUCGUUACCAAAUAGUAAAACUACUCAAGAGCGCGUAAUUGUCAUUGCAGAAUCAAAUGAAUCUGCGUCAAAUGAGCAAGAAGAAAACCUAGGAGAAAACCAACAUAGCUAUUCGUGCUUUGUAUGUGAUAAAAUUUUCCUCGAAGAAGACCAGAUGAAAGAACAUUUACAAAUGCAUUGUGAAGAGGUAGCGAACGAUAGCGACGCUGAUGGUCACCAGUGUGCGUUCUGCGGUGAGAAAUUCCAAAGCGAAGAAAUUCUUGAAGCUCACGUUGGAAACCAUCUCAAGGACGACGGCGACGAGAAAAUAAAUAUGAUAAUAAAUAUGGAAACGCGACGGGUUCUUAAACCCAAGAAAUCAACAUCACCAGUGUUCAGAUGCGAGCAAUGCACGGAAACCUUUAGCUCGUCCCUCCAACUAGCUAUGCAUUUACCUGUACAUGAAGAUGAAAGCAUGGUUAUCGAGGAGGAGCCAGAAGAAGAUGAGCAUUAUGUGUGCAAUGUGUGCGACGAGAUUUUCGAUUCUCCUGAUGAACUCGCUGAACAUCUCAACACUGAGCACAAUGGCAACACACAUAUGUGCAUUCUUUGCGAGACUUCAUUCUCUAGUGUAAGAGAGCUACAAGAACAUGUCUCUACCCAUCUGUAAAUUUUUAAGCUACGAGAAUUUCUCCUAAAUUAUAGUUUUUUGUACUUUCCGAAGACAAAUGAUAAGUUUGAAGCACUUCAACUUUGUAAAAUACAGAUGAAGCAGAACUUUUGAGUUGAUUGUACUAUGGAUUUUUAUUGAGUCAAUAUGGUACGUCAGGUGUUUUGAUUAAAAUUAAAAAAAUACAUGGACAAUGUGUGUGGUUAUCAAAUGACAUAUUGUAAAUGGUAGGACGUUUGGGAAAACAAUUGUUUUUAGAAAGAAAGAGUGGAGUCGAUAGAUUUGAAAGCCAAUUAUUCAUUAAUUUUUUAUCUGGUUGAUCAUUCAAGGAUCGCCUUUUAAAAUAAUACUUCUUUACAUAAUUUAAAGUGGGAAAUGAAAUUUUAUUUAUUUACAGUUCUGAAGUAAUUUUCUAUAUAAUAUCUCGUUGACUAAAAUAGCUUAAUAAAAAUUUGGAAACUAGUAUUCUCUAAUUCAUUUACGCUUCAAAAAUUCCUAUCUCUAUGUAUGUGUUUAUAAACUUAUAAACACUGGAUAUGUAUUGAUUUAUCUUUAUCCUUGAUUAAGAUGAACUUAUUUAAUGUAAUUGGUUUUAGUAAAUAAUAAUUUUACUGAAUGACGAAGCGUAAUUUAGAGUAAUGCAUGUAAUUAUUUGAAAGCCAUAAAAUCAUUCUUUAUGUAAAUAGCAUUGUCUUAAGAAGAUAUAAGACUUUUCAUUUCUUGUACUAUGCUGUAUAGAUAUUCAAUUAUAUUU